AAUCAAAAAUAAACGAUGUUAAGCUUAUUUAUAAUGACGUCAAUCAAAGAAGAUGAAAAGAAAGAAAUUCCCGAAAUAAUACACGAUCCCCAAACUAAUUGUACAUAUCAAAGGCUGAGAUUCUUUGGAAAGGGUGGUUUUGCAAAAUGCUACGAAAUACAAGAUAUAGCAUCAAACCAAGUAUAUGCCGGAAAAAUUGUUUCCAAAAAACUUAUGGUAAAAUCAAGUCAAAAAGAAAAAAUGGCACAGGAGAUCUCUAUCCACCGGUCCUUGUUACACAAACAUGUCGUUGGCUUCCACAGUUUCUUCGAGGAUUCACUUAAUAUUUAUAUUAUUUUGGAGCUGUGCAAAAGAAGGUCAAUGAUGGAGUUACACAAACGUAGAAAAGCCAUAUCCGAACCAGAGACAAGGUUCUACAUGCACCAAAUCCUGCUUGGUGUGCAGUACUUGCACAGCAAAAGGAUUAUCCAUAGAGAUCUCAAACUGGGUAAUCUGUUUCUUGAUGAUGAUCUCCAUGUAAAAAUUGGAGAUUUCGGUCUUGCAGCCAGGAUCGAAUAUGAAGGAGAGAGAAAGCAGACUUUAUGUGGAACACCUAACUACAUAGCCCCAGAAAUUUUGACUAAGAAAGGACACUCGUUCGAAGUGGACAUCUGGAGCUUAGGUUGCAUCAUGUACACACUGCUUGUUGGCAAGCCUCCAUUUGAGACUUCCACGCUUCGGGAUACAUACAAAAGAAUAAAGCAGUGUGAAUAUAGAAUCCCAUCAUCACUACGUAAACCAGCAGCAUCAAUGAUAGUCCUACAGCUGCAGUCCAACCCAUGCAUGCGGCCGUCUGUGGACAAGCUGCUGCAACAUGAGUUCUUCUCAUCUGGCAUUAUGCCAGCUGCAUUGCCCCUAUCUUGCCUCACGACUGCGCCUAGGACUGAUCAACUGGAAGGCAUUGCAUUACACCGUCGACCACUUAACGAGGUUAAUGCUAAUGAUAACAUAAUGGCCGUGGACUCUCCGGUUAAGCGCGCGCCACCUGCAGAGCCACGUGCUGUUGAACCCACUUCGCAUCGCCAGAAUCUCAUCGCUCUUCGCGAUCAACUGGCUGCAUUGCUUACUAACAAGUUAAAAUGCCGCCGCGAGUGCCUGAACGACGACAUGAGCGAUCCAGCCGCGCAACCCUUGGUAUGGGUCGGAAAAUGGGUCGACUACAGCGACAAGUAUGGUUUCGGCUACCAGCUCUGUGACGAGAGUGUUGGUGUUAUGUUUAACGACACUACUAAACUCAUUAUGCUCGCUAAUGGCGUGAAUGUACAUUACAUCAACCGGCAAGGCCAAGAGCAGUAUAUGACUAUGCGGGAAUACCCACAAGAGCUGGACAAAAAGAUGAAACUUCUUACAUACUUUAGAAGAUAUAUGACAGAACAUCUUAUGAAAGCUGGUGCUUCAGUACCAGUGAGAGAGAGUGAUGGUCUGUCGCGAUUGCCACACUUGCACCAGUGGUUCAGAACCACACUAGCAGUCAUCAUGUACCUUACUAAUGGAACCUUACAGAUUAACUUCCAAGAUCACACCAAAAUUAUCCUCUGUCCUCUAAUGCAAGCUGUUACAUACAUAGAUGUUGAGAAAAACUUUAGAACAUUCCGCUUCAGUACAAUUGAAGAACAUGGCUGUGAUAAGAAAUUGUACACAAACUUGACAUAUGCACUAGAAAAACUUAACAGCGUACUAGCUAACAAACUAUGCUAGCCUCCUACAACUUACUAACUGACUAUGGACCUAGUAUAUCUUUAUAUGAUAAUUAAAUGAAUUGAUACUCUGCACAGAUUGAUUGUAAGGAGAUUUAGUAGCCAAAGUGCUAAUUUGCGCACCUAUGUAUUGUAAUCGUUUUGUAUUUUAUUCUAUAAUAUUUAGAUAAAUUAAAGAUUCUGCUAAAAAAUCUUCAAGUUCGCCAGCAAUUCAGUAAUUCCUAAUGGAUAUCUUUUAACUCUUAGCUGCCUUAUUUAUUAGUUAGUCAAUAUUUUGUUUCAAUUGUGCAUAUUAGGUUAAUCAAUUGUACCAAAAUUGCACAUUGUAACAGGUAAAAUUAUGACACAAUUAAAAAAGUAUAUAGGACUAUGGUCAUUUUUCAAAUGAAGAUAUUUACACACUUAUGCCAAUAAAUUGUAUUGUUAGAAUAUAAAAUACAUUCAAGUGCCUCACAUUCUAAAUGUUAUGUUUGAAUAUUAGGAUUAAAAUUUUAGUUUAGUUUUUGUUAGUUUGACCAUUAAAGGAAAUAAAUAGUUGCACCAUGACUGAGCGGCCGGGUGCUAGCAGUUACAUGAUUAUUUUGAUCAUUUUAUUUAGUUUUAGAACUAUUUUUAAACAUUAUUUUUGUGCUUCAGUAGUAUCACAAAAUUUAUGCCCCCCAGUGUGCAACGGAUGAUUCAAUAUUUUCUACUCUCACUUUAUUCAAAUAUUUUUAAAAUGUAUUUAUUAUUCAUUUAGUUGAUAAGUUAUUGUAAAUCCAAUACAAGUUUUCAGAUAUAUUCUUGUAACUUCCAAC